AAGAAGAAGAAGUUUCCCAUCUGAAAACGCGUGUUUCCGUCGGACCUGGCAACCCCACUGCCGGUCAGACUCCACCGCGCAGACUCCAAACUCAUGGCGGACGAAGUUGAGCAGCAACCAACUACCAACACGGUUGAGGAGCCACUCGAUCUGAUCAGACUCAGUCUAGAUGAGAGGAUCUACGUCAAGAUGAGGAACGACCGGGAGCUCCGCGGCCGCCUGCAUGCGUACGAUCAGCACCUGAACAUGAUCCUGGGUGACGUGGAGGAGACGGUGACGACGGUGGAGAUUGACGAGGAGACGUAUGAAGAACUCUACAAGUCAACCAAGAGGAACAUCCCCAUGCUGUUUGUCAGAGGAGACGGCGUUGUCCUCGUAGCUCCGCCUCUCAGGGUGGGCUAACCCCGACCACUUCCUGAAGUGAAGUAGGGAUUGUCACUGCUGGGAAGUUUCUAAUUUUGAGGGGGGAGGGUGGUGCUGUCAGGACAGGCUGAAACCGGGGUUGUGUUCGAACAUCUUCAGCCUCCUGGAGUCAGACUCUUUUGUCAACACUGUUCUCUUAUGACUCGAAGGUCAGAUACUACACACAUUCUCAACUUCUUUUUGGGCUGCAAAGAUGUAAAACAUGUUUUUGAGGACUUUUUUUUCCUCUUAGUUUUGGACUAAGAGAGUCUAUUAUUUUGUUUUUUAUUUGGGUGAAUUGUUAUUAAUUUGAUUUGGGGAUUGUGGGUGAUUUCAGGCCACCAUUUGUGUUUCUAUUUCUCAGGAUAUAUAAUUUGAGUUCAUACAUUUCCACCACUUUAGUUAUUAAUCCAGAAAAAUGUACUAUUUUUAAUCUCCUCCAGGGGAUUUAGUUACCUCUUUUUCCCAGUCUCUGCCAUUAGCAGACCAAAUUAGAAAUGUCUCAUCAUGCUUUUAAGAAGCUGAACUGCCUCAGAUGUGCGUAUAUGCCUCAUUUGUCGUGUUUAAAAAAGUAUUACCAGACAACAAACUUGAGUUGAGGGAUUUUAUGUGGUUUCUGAUUUUGAAAUGUCUCAAGUGAAAAUUUUUUAUGUUGGUUCCAAGCAAACGUCUUGCAGUUACUCCCAACCCAUGAUCUGUGAAUGUUUGGGAAGUUGUUUGAGUUUCUGUUGGACGGUUUUAUUUGAAUUUCUUUUUAUAUAUAUUUUUGUAGUGUUUGUGGCAUUUGGAAGUACAUCAGAAUGUCAGAUGUGUGAACAUUUGUUUUUCAUUUGGUUUUGGUAACUUGAAUAAAAAACGUAAUUUGAAAAGAAAGAA